AUGACUUGAUAAGUUCUCUAGAGUGGUUGAUACGUUAUCGGUGAGCAUCGACACUGACACUUCUGGCUACUGACGAGCUCGCAUUCCAUUGCCAACCUAAUCAACUUCGAUGUUUUAACAAGCUGAAUCACCUCGACGUGGUCACUUGGAUGCCACCAUGUCUGAAGACAUCAAGACUACACAGACCCCAGCCAAAACCACAUCGUUCUUCUCCUGGACAAACCCUCAAUCCAAGUCACAGUCAUCCAAAACUUACCCACCACAUCAUGCCAACAACUCGGCCAAUUCAUUCACCAAUCCAUGGCCAUCUGCUCAGCUGCCGACAUGGGGCGAGAUGCUGUCACGACCAUUCCCCUUCAGCCUCUACAAAUUCCACCACCACUCCCAGGCAAAAACUCAUUCGAUCAAAGUGGUUCAGCCAGAUUGGGGAGCCUCAAUCUUAAACAGGCGUCAACUGGAAAAAUCCGACUGUGUCAUUGGCACGUGGCUCGGACAUGCCAGCGCUCUUGUAGAAUUUCCUGUCGAGAAGACAUCACCCUCGGGUUCGGAAAACCUAUCUCACGCCCAUGCAAGACUAUCUAGAAACACAUAUUUUCUCUUCGACCCCAUCUUCUCCCACCGUGCCGGUCCAACCGCCUAUAGCGGACCUAGUAGAAUCAAUCCUCCUCCAUGUCAUAUCUCUGACCUUCCAGGGUGUGAUAUGGUCUUGAUUUCUCACAACCACUACGACCACUUGGACACGGCAUCAAUCACGGCUGUGCUGAAGAAGUUCCCUCAUGCUUGGUAUUUCGUCCCUUUGGGGAUCAAGGCCUGGCUCAUUUCGACGGGCGUUUCGCCAGACCGUGUGACGGAGUUGGACUGGUGGGAUGAUCGGGACAUGAUAUGGUCUGGGGCUACUACUUCGGGUCUUGAUGCUUCAAGCACUGGCAAAGAGGCCCAAGACACACCUACGCUGGAGGUUGUGGCGGACGCAGAUGCUGUUGCUUCUGCCACUACAACCACUCGGUUCAGGAUCUCCUGUGUCCCUGCUCAACACAACUCCGGUCGGACCCCGGCAGAUCAGGCUGGCACAUUAUGGUGUGGCUGGAUUAUCGAACGUUUCGAACACCACGCGGACCGAGAGCAAACUCAAAGCGCCCACGCGGUUGGCCCGAAACCACGCAAAACCACCGUCUAUCACGCUGGUGAUACAGGAUACCGUGCGCUUCCACAUCUCGCAGAGACAUGUCCAGCGUUCCAAGCUAUAGGCUCCAAAUUUGGACCUAUAGACUUGUCGUUCAUACCCAUUUGGCGUGGUGGUACUCUCGGAUUCAUCUCUGCCUUGGGCCUACGCCUCUCCCAUCAUGAUGUCCCGGCCACGUUGCACGCAAGUCCUGCCGACGCGGUCGACAUUCAUUGCGAUGUCGGCUCGAGAUGGUCACUAGGCAUUCACUUUGGGACCUUCGUUGGCGCCCAAGUGGAAACUUGGGAGGCCAUCAGCGAGUUUCAAGAGAAAUGUACCGAGAAGGGGGUUCAAUGGAGGCAGAGGGAUCAGGAAGAGAGUGGACAAGAUUUGGAAGGAGAAAGUGCAGACAAGAAUUCGGGAAAAGGCCUAGCGGCUACACCAGGCGACUCAACACGGGGUACCGCAGGGGUUGUCAACAUCGGUGAGAGCUUGGUUGUGGAGUUGAUAUAGAAUUCCCCGGAUCUGAUGACGACAACGAUUAUACGGCCCCGAGGCAUCAUGGAUGCAUACAAGUUGAUGUCUUGCAUUUUAUGUCUUGUCAAGCGAUUUACAAGGUAGCUGGACGCGUUGAGCGGGUUUGGAUUCAUAAAGUCUUGAUUUUGAUUUGAUUUGUAUAUGAUUACUGUAUGGUAUGCGAAUUUACUAUUUAUGGGGGCGGGUAUCCGAGCGCAAAAAGGUCUCGGAUAGAAUCGACGUCGAAGCCGGCCUGGAGGGC